CCGGCUCAUGCCCCGGAAGCAGUUGCUCAGCUUCUUCGGCCGGUGGCGGAUAGAUCACUGGGGUUGACGCCAUGCUGCUUUCCGCCGUCUCCUUUGCCAAGAGCAAGUCAAAAACCAUUCUGGUGAGACUGGUGAGCCAAGCUGGGACAGGUUUCUCCUUCAACCACAAGAGAAACCGACUGCGAGAGAAGCUGACCCUUCUGCAUUAUGAUCCAAUUGUGAACAAAAAAGUUCUCUUCGUGGAACAGAAAAAAAUACGCUCCCUCUAAGCAGUGGAUUGAAAAUGAAUUUGAUUCAUGAAUGAGAAGACUCAGGCUGAGGUACUGGCUCAGAAACCUACAGUGUGUAUGAAGAGGAAGCGCACAGCAUGGCCGCGGUGAGGGGAAGGCUGUCGUGAAGGAACAGUGCCGUGAAAGGAAGUUCUUCACAGAGACCAGAUAGUUAUCUCUCUGGAUUUUUUUAGAUAGGCAUUAAUAAAAAAAGUCGAAAUA